AGCGUAGAACAGCCACACCGAAAAGCUCCAAGAGGGAGAGACGGAAAUGGCGUCGGUGAGAUCAGUAGCUCUGAAAGCUCUGAGUGGAUCAUCAUGGUCACACCUCGUGCCACGGGCACAAGCCCUACGCGUGCGAGCGUUCUCGGUCACCAUGUCGCCGCCGUCCAAGGCCGUCGUCUACGAGCGACACGGUCCACCCGACACUGUCACCAGAGUGAUAGAGCUACCGCCGGUAGAAGUGAGAGAGAACGACGUGUGCGUGAAAAUGCUUGCCGCUCCUAUCAACCCCUCCGAUAUCAACCGAAUUGAAGGUGUGUACCCUGUGAGGCCACAAGUGCCUGCAGUUGGAGGAUAUGAGGGUGUUGGAGAGGUACACUCAGUGGGCUCUGCUGUUAAGGGUCUCUCGCCUGGUGAUUGGGUCAUCCCAUCGCCACCUUCUUCUGGGACAUGGCAGACUUACAUUGUGAAAGAUCAGGAUGUCUGGCACAAAAUUAAUAAGGAUUCACCUGUGGAAUAUGCUUCCACAAUUACUGUUAAUCCUUUGACUGCUCUAAAAAUGCUUGAAGACUUUGUUACUUUAAACUCAGGAGAUGUUAUCGUGCAAAAUGGGGCUACAAGCAUUGUGGGACAGUGCAUCAUUCAGCUUGCACAGUAUCGUGGUAUCCAUAGUAUAAAUAUAAUAAGGGACAGGGCUGGAUCAGAUGAAGCAAGAGAAAAGCUUAAAAAUCUUGGUGCUGAUGAAGUUUUUACUGAGAGUCAACUGGAAGUGAAGAAUGUCAAAGGUCUCCUGGGUAGUCUACCAGAACCUGCUUUGGGAUUUAACUGUGUCGGUGGAAAUGCUGCUUCUUUGGUUCUCAAAUUUUUGAGGCAGGGAGGAACUAUGGUAACAUAUGGUGGAAUGUCUAAGAAACCUAUUACUGUAUCAACGUCAUCUUUCAUUUUUAAAGACCUUUCUUUGAGGGGAUUCUGGUUACAGAAAUGGAUGGGUACAGAUAAAGCAAAAGAGUGCAGAAGUAUGAUAGAUUACCUCCUGGACCGAGCACGAGAAGGGAAGUUGAAAUAUGAGAUGGAACUGGUUCCCUUUAACAAUUUUCACAGUGCAUUAGAUAAGGCACUUGGAAAACAAGGGAGCCAACCAAAACAGGUCCUCACAUUCUAAUUACAAAUCAAGACUGAAGGCGAAUGUUUGAGGAAAUUUGAGUGUCAUGGAAGCACCAUUAUUAGUGGAAAGAUCAGCAGUCAAAUUGCUCAACUUUAUAGUCACUUUCUUUUAAUAGUAUAUUUAUAAGAUAUGAUAUGACAAUAGAAAUUGUAACGGACGUGCACGGGAAGCAAUGGCUCCAUUUGUUAAUGCUUAUUAGAGGGUGUUUUUUUUUUGAUAAGUAAUAAGAAGUUUUAUUAAAAGCGUAAGGCGCCCCAACGUACAUUGGAAGUAUACAAGUGGAAACGCCUAAUUAGAAAGAGAAAAGAGAAAGCCGAAGCUCACCCACAAAAGAACCCCAACAAAUCCACCCAAAAACCCUCAAAAACAAAAACCCAAAGAAGCCCAAAGCCCUCAAAACCCACACGAAUCGUUACAUCCCAAUAGUCUUGCCCUUCCUUCUCCGAGGAGACGUGCUAGCAAUGCUAUAAUUAAUAGAGCUUUCUAAAUUUAACAGCUCUCUCUUGCCCUUAGCCCUAGGCUGCGCGACCUUUAUUUGAGGGUGUUAUUUUUGUUUUGUUUGAAAAAACGUUAUAAUGUGACAUAAAAGUGAAAAUAAUUUUUAGUGUUAUGUGUUUUUUGUUUUAAAAAGAGAAAACAAAAGGGAGAAGGAAAAAAAUACUAUGCAUUUGAUGAAUGACAUGGUCAAUAUGUGUAUGAGAUCCAUUACCCAUUGGCACUUAAGCUAUCAGUGGCAUGCCUUCAGUAAUUUGAAGUCCACAAAAGGUAUUUGAGUGCAGCCAACUACGAACCUUCCCUGAUAUUCUACCAACUUAGGUGCAAGACUAUUCUAAAAUUUAGGGAGGGUUUCAGACUUCAUGUUCAGAUCCCCUAAAAUCCUCUAGAAUGCAAGGGCUUCAAUUCCUGGAUUAUGCCAUGCCAUCAAUUUUAACCUAAUUUUUUUUUUCAACCCAUUUCCCCCUUCAGCCAACCACCCUUAAGGGGAUGACCGGUUGGAUUGCCUUUGCAUUUGUUUUGGGUUGGUCGGCCACCCUUAAGUUGUAUUUUGGAGUGGUUUGUCAUCGUAAGCUGUACUUGAGGAUGUCUGACCACUCCAAUAUAGCUAAUGAAUUGGACUAUUCUAAGCUAUUUUGGAGAUGAUUCAGCCACCCAGCAAUUGUUUUAGAUGAUCUGUCCAUCCCUUCAAGGAUAGUUGCUCGAAGGCGAAAGGGGUUUAAAAGUUUUUAAAACUAAAAUUGAUGAUAUGGAUGAACAAUCUAGAUUUAAAGAAAUGCAUGGAUACUUCAAUUGGAAGUCAAUCCUCAAUUUGUCGCCUUCAGUAUUUUGUUGAAUCUAUUCAGGUUUUUGAAUCAUACAUGACACUUAGGAUCGAAACGGCCCAUUUUGUUAUGUUACCGAAGAGCUCCUUAUUCUAUUGAGAUGGAGGGUAAUUAAAGUGAAUAGUAAAUAUGAGGAGGGAAAUUAUAAAUCUAGGUUAAUUAUCUGAAUCCCUAAAUUACCAUCAUAGUCAGUAGUGUGAAGAAAAUUCUUCUUGCUUCCAUCAUCUACGGUCUGAAAAAUCAAACUUUAAGCAAUUGAAGAAAGCCAAUUUCUUGCGAGACGAUACCCUGAACGUUAAAGUGAAGGUAAUUUCCUUGAAGUGCUAUUAUUUUAAUUUUUUCCAACUAUUUGUGGUUUUGAGUGUCACUUUUAGUAUGUUGGGUGUUUUGUUGUGAAAACGACCCACAAAUGUAUUGAAAAUAUGUGUCGGUUUUGUAGAUGUUCUUUUUUAGUGUCAAUAGUGGGUCAUCCUUAGAGUGAUGAAACUAUUUGUGUAUGUUUUAUUGAUUUGUUGAAGUGCCAAUUUUAGGGUUUAAGUGGUUGAGUUGUGAAAAUUAUGUGGGCCGUUAUGGAUGUGGGUCAUACUUGGUUGGUGGAUGGUGGAUGUAAUGGUAAUUAAUUACGAAAUUUGUGGUAUUUUGGUAGUUGUGUGAUCUUUAUGUGAAUAAAUAAACAUGUGCCACAUGGCUGCUGUCGCUUUAAGAACUUGUUUGGGAUUGGGUUUGAAAAAUAGAGUUUUUAAGUUAAAAAGCGUUUUUGGCAAUUUUUAAGUUUUUUGAAUCUUUAAAAGCCUUUUUAAUUUUUUUACUAAACGAGUACUUUUUUCUUCAAAAGGACUUUUUUAGUGUUAAAAGCACUUUUAGGCUCUUCAAAUGCAAUCUCAAACACGCCAUAAAUUGGUUUGAUGGUUAUGUAGUCCACGACUUCACACCAUUGGUAUUUAUCCAUUUUUAUUCAGAUUGUGGUACAAUGUUUGUUAACCCAUGUAACGUUGUUUGUCUUUUGUACAAACCUGUGCCUAUACAAACAUGUGCUUACUCUUACUGUACUGGAAACCCUAGUUUUAAAUAUCCUCUCAUUGUCGUUGAGCUGAGCUUAAUACUAUAACUUUGAAUUGAUUUGAGGGUUUGUAUGGUUUAUCCUAUUAAUGAUGCUUUAAUCAU